AUGGAGAUCUACUCCAAGGCUGACAGGUCCAAGGAGGCUCUCAGGGUGUUCCAGAGGAUGAUAUCCCUUGGUGUUGCUCCCAACGCAUACACCUAUAGUGUUCUCAUCAAGGCACUCACUAAAGACCCCAACUUCCUUGAUGAUGCCAAGCAGUAUGUGCUGGAAAUGAUGGGGAAUGGAAUGCAACCCACUGCCAAGACCUACACCACUUUGUUUUAUGCUUUUGCCCAGCUGGGGAAGGAUAAGUUGAAGGAGGUUAAGGAGUUUGUGAAGCAGAUGAAAGCCAGGGGUUUUGUAGCUAACAAGAAAGCUGUGAAGGAAGUUCUGAAGGGUAAAAAAGCACCUAUUGCUAGAAUGGUCAUCAACAUUCUCUUUGCUGAGUAG